GAGGAGAGCAAACGAACAGAGACAGGGAGAGAAUGAGAGAGAGAGUACAGAGGGAUAUAUUGACUCAAAGCUGGUCUGCAUGCUCCUCAGUAUGUGAGAGACAGAGGACGUGAGAGCAGGCAAGAUGGAGUGCUGGCACAGAUGAAGACUGUCCCUGGUCCCGUUCGACAGUCGACAUGAGCGUCUCCAAACCCCCGCCUCCCCCCUCCACCUCCCACCUGGCCAUCCCCCCUUCCUCCUCCACCUCCACCCCUUCCUCAUCCGCCUCCUCCCCCAUGGCGACGCCCCACUCUGCUGGCCCGCCCCCGCCCUCGCCAGUCAAGAUCUCUAUGCAGGAGCACUUUGCCAUCAACGUGUGCCCGGGCCCCAUCCUCCCCAUCCCACAGAUCUCAGACUUCUUCCCACGUUUCCACGACUACCCCUGCACGCCACCACCCCCAAGGGAGAAGAAGAUCCUGAAAGAGGAGACUUUUAAUGGGGAGACGGGCGGAGGAUACAAGGAUGGGGAGAGGAGGGGGGACAACGACGGAGACAGGGAGGAGGCAGUCGACUCUGAUGAUGAUGACACCUACCUGGGAACGUUGGAGUUCACCCUGCUCUUUGAUCAGGAGAACAACUGUCUUCAUUGUACUAUUCACAAAGCAAAGGGACUGAAAGCCAUGGACUCCAAUGGACUGGCUGAUCCAUACGUCAAGCUUCAUCUUCUCCCCGGGGCUAGCAAGGCAAACAAGCUACGCACAAAAACCCUGAAGAAUACGCUGAACCCAGUGUGGAACGAAACGCUGGUGUAUCAUGGCAUCACAGCAGCUGACAUGACCACCAAAACGCUCAGGCUGUGUGUGUGUGACAUGGACAGACUCGGAAGAAAUGAAUUCAUCGGAGAGGUGAGAGUGGCUCUGAAGAAACUGAAAGAGGGUGAGAACAAGCGCUACAAUAUGGGCCUCGAGAGAAUUGCACAGAAUAAAGAAGCUAACAAUCAAACAGUGGAGCAGGGAGCGGUCGUGGCAGAGGAGGAGCGUGGCCGCAUCCUGGUGUCACUGUGCUAUAACACAGAGAAGGGCUGCCUGCUGGUUGGGAUCAUACGCUGUGCCCAUCUGGCUGCCAUGGACUCCAACGGCUACUCUGACCCCUUCGUCAAAAUCAUCUUGCAGCCAGACAUGGGGAAAAAGUCCAAGUACAAGACAUCAGUGAAGAAAAAGACUCUCAACCCCGAAUUCAAUGAGGAGUUUUCAUACGAAGUAACCCUGGACCAGCUGGCGAAGAAAACCCUGGAGAUCUCUGUGUGGGACUAUGACUUGGGAAUGAGCAACGACUUCAUAGGUGGAGUGGAGCUGGGCAUCAAUGCAAGUGGACAGAGACUCAGACACUGGUUCGACUGUCUCAAAAACAAAGGGAAGAAAGUGGAGUACUGGCAUACGCUCACACAGCAAGGAGCCCCGAGCAGUGACAAACCGGACUAGAUCACACAAGAAAUUCAUGCAUACACGCACACCUACACACACAAACACACACACUGGAAGAUGGUUGAUAACAGAGACCAAGUGAAACAGUAGUAAGAGCAAAGGAUAAAACAUGCAAUAAUAAUAAUAAUGUUGAAAAUGAUCAUAUAACACCAACAAUUACUGCACCAAGUAUUAGUAUAUGAUAUUCAUACUAAUAUUAGUGAUGGUAAAAGGUUGUAAUCUGAAUACUUUUUUUUUUCAAAGGUGAACCAAAUUGUGACGAUGUCCUCAUUAAAGUGUUAACGUAACAAAACAAUACUUACAAAAUUGUGCUUUAGACUUUAAUGUAUCGUGGAAGUCGCUCAUAUUCUGUCAUUCAAAUUUACACCUAAUGAAGAGAUUUGAGAUUAAUGUACUCAAAGUUCAUUCAGUGAAAGGCGCCAAAAGUAUGUGCACGCUAGUGACUCAUAAUGUGGUACGUAGUUAAAGAAGCAGGAAUGUAAUGAAAGAGUGAUUCUGUACUGAGAAGAAGUUUCUAUUUUAGUGGUUGUUGAUCUGAUGCAAAACAACACACCGUAUUAUAAAGCACAAAAUGAUCCAUAUGGUGGAUUUGUACCUUUACCGUUUCAGUGUUCUUGUUCUUAUGUCUUUCAUUGUCUUUAAGUGACAGUGGCUUUCUAUACACCUUCAUACCAGACAUUAACGUGUCAGUGUGUGCGUGUGUGCAUGAGGGCUAUGAGAAUAUGAGUGCCUACAUUUUCUGUCUGUGCAGUGUGUAUGUGUGUGUGUGUGUGUGUGUGUGUGUGUAUGUGUGUGUGUGUGUGUGUAUCUGUAUUCACAUCACACCCCAUUCAAAAUGUCUCCAUCCAAGUUAAGAAGCACAGAGUGAGGUGAGAAGAAAUAUUAACAAAGGACAAGAAAGACAUGAGAGAAAUCCUACGCCGCCACAGGCCUCAGUGGUGUGAGUGCUCCUGGCUGGGGGACACUGACAAGCUGUCAAUCAUGUGUGUGCCAGAACCUUUGCCAUCAAUGUCUCCCAUUACCAGCCAGUCAUAGUGCAACUUUCAGGAUGGAUUUUAUCUUGAUUGUAACCUCUGACCGCUCUUUUUAAGAUUUCCUGAUGAAAGGAUGAAUGGAUAUACAGAUAUUGCUUUUUGAAGGUGCCGUUUGUAGCUUCAUUUCACUGCAGCUUUUCAGAUUUCAACAGGACCCAAGCAGGUUUUACCUCAGUGACUCCAAUUCUUCUCCAACAGAGUCACAGAUGAUGCAAUAUUUUCUCCCUGCAUGGCAAUAUCCCAGCAGUAAUACAUUAAUUUCAGGCAUUUGAUUGGUCCUGUUAUCAGAUUUAUGAGAAUAGGGAUUCCCAAUAGCCUGAAAAAAGUCCCCAAUUCAACAUUUUACACCCUCAGACACUGUUCUGGAGAGAAUGUAAAAAGUAUGUUCAAGAAAUUUGGCUGAAAUCUACAUCAACCGUCUCAACCACAGCUCUUUCACGUCUUUUGUAGUGAGGUUGUAUGCAGUACUUACCUAUACUCACUUUAUUACAUGUCAGCUGGCAUGUCUCCGGUUUGGAGAAGCAGGCUGGAGUCCAACAUGAAAGCUAAGCAAUGUACUGCUGUGGAUGGGGGGGUCAACAACAAAAUGUCUUUUGGCAACCUAAAAAAAAGUCCUUCCUAAAAAAAAAAUCAAGUGCACACUUAUAUUUUGAAUUUUCACUGCUUUACCUUGCUAUCAGACAGUUCUUUUCUGAAGCCUAGGGUUGAGCCCAAUAGUCAGAGGGAAUAAAUACCCAGUACGGAAAAUGUACUUUUUACAAGUAUUAUUUAAGUAAAACGUGUCAAUGUCUGUAGUUGUGAUGAAGGAGAAUCAUCAUUUGAAUAGCUGUGCUCGGUUUCUAACUCAAAAACUGUCUGAAGUUCAUUUCUGUGAUGUUCUAUGUGUUCUGUAAAUAGUUUUAUAAUAAAUAAUAAAUAAAGCAACUUCUGAUCAGCCAAUAUCAACUGCAGAUGUAAAUAACAAGUUCUGAUUAGGCCCCACCCAUUUUAAGUUAAACCCUGCCCACUUCUGCUCUAAAUUCUGCCCUUUCUAAGAUCAAAUAUGGAUAGAUACAGAUAAUGGUGUACUCGCUCGUCCCAUCUGAAACCAUCAUAUCCCUGUCUUCAGAACCAGACUCCAUUGAGAAAAAUGGUGAUUUAACAACGCAUAAUACAGGAGCUGCUGGUCUGUCGCUGCCUCAAUCAGUUAGUUUGUGUAAUUGUGUGUCUUUGGCCUAUAACAGGCUUAGUUCAGAUUCACUAAAGUUACACAAUAACACAAACCAACUAACUGAUUGAAGCAGCUGUAGACCAGGGGCUCCCUAUGUUCAGUGCGCAAAAAUUACUGUUUAAUUCAAUGGAGUAUGGUGGCUUUGACGAGAGCACAGAUGGGGACCUGACGCUGUUAUUAGCUUCCCUGUCAGAACAGGCUGUCCGACGGAGAAGUACAGCGGUGAAAAUACUCUCAAUAUAGCAUACACUUAAACUGUAAUAGAUCUUUUUAGUUUGGACUUUUUAAGGUGGCUAAAAUACGUUUUGCUGCCUCCCCCGUUUACAGCAGUACGCUGCUUAGUUUCCAUAUUGGUACUCCUGUUGCUUCUCCAAACACAGGGAGUGCCGACUGAGAUCUACUGACUGACACACUGACAAUGGAUAGUUACCCCAUACAACCCUACUUCAAAAAAUCUGAACUAUUCCUUUAACCUCAGGCAGUCAAUUUCACUCUGUGUGCAUGGCAGCAGGAGACAGUGGAUCAUCGAAGGCCAGGAUCCAAGAUACUGAAAAACUAUGCUAGAUCACCUACUGUCUAAAUGCCUGCCAGAAUAUCAAAUGUACUCCACCGGUUCAUCUUUCACUACAGCUCUGGCCAUACACAGGUUCACAAAAACACACUCACAGUCGGUCAGUGGCCUCCGGGAGUUUUUCUAACUGUUGAAUCGAUCCGGCUGCUCAUAUUCUUGGUGUCCUUCAACAACCUUGUGAAUGUCUCAUCGUUGACUGCAAAAAAAAAAAAAAAAAAAAAAAAAAAAAGGAUCCUUCAGUGGUGAAUUAGGUUUAGAAUAAAAAAGGGCUUGGGCAUUAUCAAAGCUUGGAACUAAACCAUGUGGUGUAACAGGACGCUUAAACACAUUUUCAGUUAGACCUUAAAUUACUUUAACAAGAGGGUUGGGCAAAGAUUAUUCGGUACUUUCUCUAUGCACAUCAGAACUCCCAGCACGUUGGCAGUGAGAUAAUCAAACCAAAACAACAACAUUAUGUUAUCCAGGCAUCAAAGAUGCAUUUUCUGGGAAUACUCAGUACUUUGAUUGGGGCUAGGCUGGGUGACAGUGAUCUAAUAGAGUUCACAUUUCAGGCUGGAUGGUUGCUUCUUCCUGUCUCUGGAUCUGUUGGUUUUGUUUACAGUCACCAAAUUUUCUGACUUGUCUAUUGACCCCGCUUUGCUUCUGUAAUCACUUUAUUUGCAAUACAGCUGCAUGUUUAGCGACCAUUAUAUCAGCGUGUAUAAUAGAGUGCAACCAUAGCUGAUCAAUCUGAAUGCUGAUGUGUUUACAGUCUCUGCCAUCAGUGUGUAUUUGUUUGUGAAUAUGAUGAUUCAGGGUAUUUUUUGCUCAGUUGCUUUGCUUUACCAAGCAAGCUAUUGCUUUAAAAGACAAAACCUUUACUGUCACAGAUUUUGACACUUCGUCUUCCUUAAAAUUGAUAUCAGUGGGAAUGAUGCAGGAGGGCAGGGGCGAAUGAGAUGGGGAAUUCACUACUGCAGUCCCUGUGUACUCACUGUCAAUGUCAAUCACACAGUAUGGCUGCCAUCCUGUGGUGGGUUUGUGU